GCGAGGGCGGGGCUAAGAGGAACAUCAGAGCCGCGCAGCGCCCGGGUUGAGGCUGCAUCAGCUGAGCACGGAGUGACGGUAGUAGCAGGAAAUAGUUCCUCAAAAUGGAGGAUGGGAAGCCUGUUUGGGCUCCACACCCAACUGAUGGGUUUCAGAUGGGAAGCAUUGUGGAUAUUGGACCUGACAGCUUAACUAUUGAACCUGUAAAACAAAAAGGCAAGACCUUUCUUGCUGCUGUCAACCAAGUCUUUCCUGCGGAGGAGGACAUUAAGAAAGAUGUGGAGGAUAAUUGUUCACUAAUGUAUUUAAAUGAAGCUACCCUCUUACAUAAUAUAAGAGUUCGCUACAGCAAGGAUAGAAUUUAUACUUAUGUAGCCAACAUCCUGAUAGCAGUGAAUCCUUACUUUGAUAUACCAAAACUUUACUCAUUGGAUACUAUUAAAAAGUACCAGGGCAGAUCACUAGGGACUCUGCCGCCUCAUGUCUAUGCAAUUGCUGAUAAAGCCUUCCGUGACAUGAGAGUGCUCAAGAUGAGUCAGUCAAUCAUUGUGUCUGGUGAAUCAGGAGCUGGCAAGACAGAAAAUACUAAAUUUGUUCUACGGUAUUUGACUGAAUCCUAUGGUAGUGGACAAGAUAUUGAUGAUAGGAUUGUAGAAGCCAAUCCACUACUAGAAGCAUUUGGAAAUGCAAAGACUGUUCGUAACAAUAAUAGUAGUCGCUUUGGAAAAUUUGUAGAAAUCCAUUUCAAUGAAAAGAAUUUGGUAGUUGGUGGAUUUGUGUCACAUUAUCUGCUGGAGAAAUCCAGGAUUUGUGUACAAGGCCAAGAAGAAAGGAAUUACCACAUAUUCUAUAGGCUCUGUGCUGGAGCCCCUGAAAAUAUAAGGGAGAAAUUGUAUUUAAGUUCACCAGAUAAUUUUAGGUAUUUAAAUCGCGGCUGCACUCGUUACUUUGCCACUAAAGAAACAGAUAAGCAGAUUUUACAGAAUCGCAAAAGUCCUGAGUACCUAAAAUCAGGUUCCCUGAAGGAUCCUCUGCUAGAUGACCAUGGAGAUUUUAACAGAAUGUGUACUGCAAUGAAGAAGAUUGGGCUUAAUGAUGAAGAGAAGUUGGAUCUCUUCCGAGUGGUAGCUGGUGUUUUACAUCUGGGGAAUAUUGAUUUUGAAGAAGCUGGCAGCACAUCUGGUGGAUGCACACUGAAAAAUAAAUCUGCCCAGUCCCUGGAAUACUGUGCUAAGCUACUUGGCUUGGACCAGGAUGAUCUCCGUGUUAGUUUAACCACCAGAGUCAUGCUGACAACAGCAGGGGGCACCAAAGGGACAGUUAUCAAGGUUCCAUUAAAAGUAGAACAGGCAAAUAAUGCACGCGAUGCUUUGGCAAAAACUGUCUAUAGUCACCUCUUUGACCAUGUGGUAAACAGGGUAAAUCAAUGUUUCCCAUUUGAGACAUCAUCUUUUUUCAUUGGUGUUCUGGAUAUUGCAGGUUUUGAAUAUUUUGAACAUAACAGCUUUGAACAGUUUUGCAUUAAUUACUGUAAUGAGAAGCUACAGCAAUUCUUUAAUGAAAGGAUCCUCAAAGAGGAACAAGAGCUUUAUCAGAAAGAAGGUUUAGGUGUUAAUGAAGUGCGUUAUGUAGAUAACCAGGACUGUAUAGAUUUGAUUGAAGGAAAAUUGAUAGGAAUCCUUGAUAUUUUGGAUGAAGAAAAUCGUCUUCCACAGCCAAGCGAUCAACAUUUUACUUCAGUGGUGCAUCAGAAACAAAAGGAACACUUCAGGCUAUCAAUACCCAGGAAGUCUAAAUUGGCUGUUCAUCGAAAUGUUCGUGAUGAUGAGGGAUUUAUCAUCAGACAUUUUGCAGGAGCAGUAUGCUAUGAGACGACCCAGUUUGUGGAAAAAAACAAUGAUGCUCUGCAUAUGUCUCUGGAGUCCCUUAUAUGUGAAUCCAAGGAUAAAUUUAUCCGGCAAAUUUUUGAGUCCAACACUAACAACAAUAAGGACCCUAAGCAAAAAGCAGGAAAAUUAAGUUUUAUCAGCGUGGGCAACAAAUUCAAGACUCAGCUAAACCUGCUACUGGAAAAGCUUCGUAGCACUGGGUCUAGCUUUAUUCGCUGCAUCAAACCUAAUCUAAAGAUGACCAGUCACCAGUUUGAAGGCGCCCAAAUCCUAUCCCAGCUCCAGUGUUCAGGCAUGGUGUCUGUUUUGGAUUUGAUGCAAGGUGGUUUCCCAUCACGAGCCUCAUUCCAUGAACUUUAUAACAUGUACAAAAAAUACAUGCCUGCAAAACUGACCCGUCUGGACCCUAGACUGUUCUGCAAGGCUCUCUUCAAAGCCCUUGGCUUAAAUGAACAUGAUUAUAAGUUUGGAUUAACCAAAGUAUUCUUUAGACCUGGCAAGUUUGCAGAAUUUGAUCAAAUCAUGAAGUCUGAUCCAGAUCAUCUUGCUGACCUGAUUAAACGUGUGAACCACUGGCUUAUCUGCAGCCGUUGGAAGAAGAUUCAGUGGUGUUCUUUAUCAGUUAUCAAAUUGAAAAACAAAAUCAAGUACAGAGCCAGUGCCUGUAUUAAAGUACAAAAGACAAUUCGUAUGUGGCUAUGCAAGAGAAAGCAUCAACCACGCAUAGAUGGCCUAAUAAAGCUUCGCACACUGAAAAAGAGGCUUGAUAAAUUCAAUGUAGUAGUAACUGCUCUGAAAGAGGGGAAGACAGAAAUGAGCAAGCAGGUCAAGGACCUUGAGAUGUCUAUUGAUGCUCUGAUGGCCAAGAUCAAGGCCACUGAAAUGCCUAGACAACAGAUUCAGAAGGAAUAUGAUGGCCUAGUUAAAAGCUCUGAGCAACUUUUGAGUGCCCUUCAGAAGAAGAAGCAACAAGAGGAGGAAGCUGAAAGAUUGAGACGCAUCCAGGAAGAAAUGGAAAAAGAAAGGAAAAGACGUGAGGAAGAGGAGCAGCGUCGGAAGAAGGAAGAGGAAGAAAGGCGACUGAAGUAUGAGAUUGAAGCAAAGAGAAAACUGGAAGAAGAGGAGAGGAAAAAAAGAGAGGAAGAAGAAAGAAGAAUUCAGGCUGAAGUUGAGGCUCAGCUGGCCAGAGAACAGGAAGAAGCAAGUCAGCAACAAGCUGUUCUGGAGCAAGAGCGCAGAGAUCAUGAGCUGGCCAUGCGUAUUGCCCAGAGUGAAUCAGAGCUCAUCAAUGAUGAGUCUCAGCUGGACCCGAGUUUGCGCAGGGAACAGAUGGCCAUAGAAAUGUCCGAAAUCUUGUCUAGGGGACCUUCAGUUCAAGCUACAAAAGCUGCAGCUGGCAUUAAGAAGCAUGAACUUAGCAAGUGGAAGUAUGCAGAGCUGCGAGAUACAAUCAAUACCUCUUGUGAUAUUGAAUUGCUGGCAGCUUGCAGAGAAGAGUUCCACAGGCGGCUUAAAGUUUAUCAUGCUUGGAAAGCCAAGAACAAGAAGCGCAAUGCUGAGAUGGAACAGCGGGCUCCCAAAUCAGUGACUGAUUAUGAUUUUGCACCAUUUAUGAACAACUCAACUCAGCAGAACCCAGCCAGUCAAUUGUCCAUUAGACAGCAGCAGGAGAUUGAAAUCAACCGGCAACAGCGAUAUUUCCGAAUUCCUUUCAUCCGCCCAGCAGAUCAAUACAAGGAUCCUCAAAAUAAGAAAAAAGGCUGGUGGUAUGCACAUUUCGAUGGACCAUGGAUUGCUCGUCAAAUGGAACUUCAUCCUGAUAAGCAACCCAUUUUGCUGGUGGCUGGCAAGGACGACAUGGAAAUGUGUGAGCUGAGUCUUCAAGAGACUGGCUUGACUCGUAAGCGGGGUGCUGAAAUUUUGCCACGGCAGUUUGAAGAGAUUUGGGAACGCUGUGGCGGAAUCCAGUACCUUCAAAGUGCAAUCGAAAGCAAGCAAGCUCGGCCGACUUAUGCAACUGCUAUGCUGCAGAACUUGUUGAAAUAAAUAAUUAUUUUGCACCUUCUGAGUAACAGAGGAACUUUUAACAUUCCAUAAUCAUGUAGAGAUGUUUAAUAUAAACAGAUUUUAUUAAUGUGUCAAUUUUAGUUUGUCCUUUUGAUGUUUUAAUUUGUGUAGUGAGCUCAUUCAUUCUCAAGAUCUAAACUUUUGUUUCAGUCAAUAUGUUGUUUGCUUUGGGUCAGCAUAUGGUAAUACCAGUAAUACUGUAAUAUAGAGCAGGAUUGGAAAAUCUAUGGCUCUCCUGUCAUUGCUGGAUUCCACCUUCUGUCAACCCCAACUAACAUAGCCAAUGCUGUGCAGUGAAAGUCCAACAGUAGCUGGAGAACUAGAGAUCCUAUCCCUGAUGUAGCAUAACACACUACCAACAUAUAGUUCAGAACUACCCAGAAUGGCAUUUCAUCUUCUGUAGCACACCUCCCAGAUACUAUCUGGAAGAUGAGUUCCAAAAGACAGAAGAUGCAGUGUUUUCUUUACACUGGGCUAACUAGAAAUGUGAGGCCUUAAUGUUCUUAAUAUCUUAUGCACAGAAGUUAAAGCAGACUUUUAUAAGUUAAAAGACAGCUCUUCAAAAUUGCUUGCAAACAAGCAUUUUGGGAAAAUGUCUUAAGAUAGGUUGCCUGGUGUCAUAUACUGAGAAUAGAAAAACUUGAGCCUGAACUGCUUUAGCAUUUCAGAACUGAAAUGGUUUGAUGCACUUUUAAGCAGUUGUGCAUGUGUUUUUUUUUCUUUUUUAAACUACUUUAUUUUUUACAAAACAGGUUCCUUCAGACAAUUCAUGUGUAAUUUCUGUCAUAACUGUAUGGGGAAUCCUUUUUUAGUUGAAGUUAAAUAUAAUUCACAGAGAUGGUUUAAUAUAUAUCUCUGCAGAUAUUUAAGGCUAGAAACACAAGAGAAAUAAGCUCCACGUAUUAUGCCAGCAAAGUUGAAUUUGAAUAUAGGGGAGCUGAAUUUGGUUGUCCUUUUGUGCUUCACUGAAAUGAAUAUAGAUUAUGUGGAUUUUUUUUGGCUCUUGAUGAAAUGGCAGAACCCUGGUAUUUCUAAUUACAGUAUGCUGCUUCAAAUGGCUUAACUUCAAAGUGUUCUAGUAUUUUUUUUCUCCCAAUCUAAUAGGUCUUUUCUUGUUGCUAAUCUCCCAAGUUCAGUUUUUGUGGAUUUUUCUUCUUUUUUCCUUUCUUUUCAGCAGGGUUUCCUUAACAGUAAUUAAAAUACUUAUAGCAAUUAUUUCUUUCAGACAGUUUUAAGUUGCCUUCAGUUGAUGUUGCAAGAUAAUCUAAUGUCAGGAUAACAAAUGUCAGCGUUAUCAGUUUUGGGAGUUUGGGGGAAAUUAAGAUAUGUCAUCUAAUAAAAAAAUGCAGACCACACUAGGAGCAGCUUUCUUUUCUUUAUUAGAGUAAAACACUAAUUGCAUUUCUCAGCUUUGAUUUUUAAAUCUUCAAAUAUCAAUUUAAAAAGAAGAACGAGCUGUGUUUACUGUGGCUACUAAGUUUUGACCAGGUUGGGUAUAAAAAAAACAUAUUCAUAAACUUGAGUAGUAAUAUUACCCUGUUUAAGGUUCUUGAGAAUGAUCAUCAGUUUAUGUAUUCACAUGUGUAAAUAUUCUCAGAUCCAAAUGCACCAGUCCAAAUGAAUAGUGUAGGCAGCUUUGACAGCUUUAGGCUAAACUCAGUCUGUUCUCUUCCCCAUCAGAUGAUCAGCAAGAUCAGAAUUGUUGAAACUAAAAAUAUAUUUCACCAGUGAAAGUUCUUCAACUUGCAGUAGGGAUUUCUGCUCCUUUCCACAUCAUUUGCCAUUCCAGAAGCACUCUGACUGUCAGAAAUAAUUUUUCCAAAUAAUAAGGGUUACAGAAAAGAGUAAAAAGGGGAUGUAAAACCAAGUCAUGAGUGUAACUCUACUUAGGGUCCUUAGAAUCCAAAUGGAUGUUUGUAUCUCUUUGGUCUGGCUAUAGAGUUCAAGAAACCAGAAAUCAUGCAUAUGUUUUUUCCAUGUGUAGAACUUGACCCAGAGAACCCUCUGAUCACGGUGACAGAAUACGAGAUUAUGUUCCAUUAAAUACACAAUCAUUAGGUGAAAAACUUAUUCUUGAAUGCAGAAGGCAAGAAGUGUGUGUGGCCAGAUAGUUUUCAAAAUCUUCCCUGUUUGCUGAGAUUGGACUGCAUCUGUGGUUUUUCUUCCCCAUUUUGAAAUUAGGACUUACUCAACAUCAGUCUUCCUACACAGCAUUUUCUGCAUUUAAGUUGUGUUUUCUCCAGUUUGUGAAAGAGCUGUUUGAUGGGCAGUUGUGUUGGGAAGGGAUAUGCAUCAUCUGCCCUAUCACAAUCUUGUGCUCUUUCUCUUCAUUCCUCAAAGCAUCAGGCUUGCACAGAAGAACUUCUGGUGGGUCUAAUGAAAAGCUUCCACAGGCUGUAGAUUUGUAGAUUGCUCACAAAUCCCAUAGUAAAAGCUCUCUUUUAAGAACUAGAUAGGUUAUGCAAGAGAAAGUUUAUGCAUAUGCUAAAUUCGUAGAGUUUUCUCCUUCAGCUACCAGUGUAUCUGAUGCUAACUUUCAUUUUUGCAUGGUUUAUUAGAUAAUGCAGGUGCAAAUACCAGAUAUGUGCCCAUCUAGGUUGCAAGGUCUAGUUGACUUUGGCUGAUCUCAAAAAUCUAAUCAGGAUAAGACCUAAUUAGUACUGGAGGGGAGCCAGGGAAUACCAGGGCUAUUGCCUAGAUUGGGAAGGUAGGGGAAAGAAGGCGGUGAUGGCAAACCACUUCCAUAUUGCUGACACAGAAAUUACAUGAUAUCACCAGGAGUUGAGCUUGACUUGAAGGACUUGACUUACACAUAAUAUGUUCAUCACUGAUCAAACCCAGCUUGUUGCCUUGGUUCAUUUGUUCUUUGGUUUCAGUGGGAGGCUACAUUAAAGGCAUUGCAGGACAUUUGUCAAGUGCACCAACAGUGUUUUUAUGCUGAAAUAUGAGGGGGAGGCUGCAAAUUUUCUUGGAAUAGCCAUUAAGAGAGAAAGUUGUUUAACUUUUUGCUUGAAAACCAUGCCUUCUUUGACAGUCCCCAGCUGUUUUAAUUAAGGAUGGCGAUAUCCUUUAUGUGUGGAAAUGCAACAUGGAGAAAUAUUGAUUGGAAAAGUUGUUUUCAAAGCCAAGAUUGAGGAAAAGCUGCUUCGUAUUGCUUCUGUAGCCAAAUACAGAAUUCUCUACAGUUGUACUGCCUUGUAAAACAAUAGGCUGUGUUGAGUGACUGCUCAGUCAACUCUGUCAGAAUGUCUUAGCCUGAAUCAUAGCUAAGGUUAAAACAGAUGACCAGAUUUUAAAAUGACAUUUAAUAUUUUGGAUUAAUUUGAUUGUUCUAGAUAUGUCUAGUUAUGUCUGCAGUUACUAUAUCACUUCAUUAGCAUAGUGAGAUAACAGUUGGUGAGGAGUUGGUGACUUGAUGCAAAUUUUCCAAGUUCCCUGAUAAAGGAGGAAUUGGAUUUAAAAAGAUAUAUUGUUUUCUAUAUAAUUUUUAUUUAACUGCUGCCAUUACCUCCUAUUGACCUGCUUGGGGUUCCUUCAAAUAUACACUGUGUUAGCAAGUUUGGCAGAUUAAUAUAGCAUCUCCUUUUUGCCCCCAACAUAUAAUCUGGCCAGAGAUUUCAGCAUCAAGAUUAUUGAAAAUGCCUGUUUCUCCACAGAAGAAAAGUUAGAGACUUGUUGCUUAUUUGUGGUCUUUCUGGUGUGAAAGUCCCAGAGGUACAAAAGUCGGUACACCUCCAGAUAAUACAUUUACUUUGUACAGCUGUGAUGUAGUUUGAAAGUACAGUGAGUGAGUGGUGAUGGCAAUUCUACCUAUGCAGGCCAUCAUAUUUGCUUGCAUUUGCUAAAGGUACAUACGUCUAAAUCUCAGGAUAUAGCAAUCCUAGUUCCGUGACCAAGUACAUAGAGUAGCAUGCAAAAGUUUAGGUACCGCUAAUGAACUUCAAUAGUUCAGUGUACUACAUGGCACAAAAUUCAACACAAUUUCUUUCUACAAAAAACAUACCUUCUACAUGGUACAAAAUUAAACUCAAUGUCUUUCUACAAAAUUGAAAUGCGUACUUAAAUAUUUAUGUGCAAAUGUUUGCCAAUUCAAAAUAAGGAAAAGCUUGGACAUCCUUUAAGUCAGUAAUCGUGGCAUCUCCUUUGAUAUAAUAGCUUCCAAAGGUUUUCUGUAGCCAGCUAAGAGUCUGUCUAUUCUUGCUUUUAGAAUGUUCUUCCUACUCUUCCUUGCAGAGCUCAGAAAUAUUCUUAGAUCUCACAUGUACCACAUGAUUGACGGUCAAUAUCGUUCAAUUCUGGGGACUACACCUUUUUUUCCCCCUUCAAGACAUCAUGCUUGAUUUGGAGAUAUGUCUCAGGUAAUUGCCUUGCUGAAAUAACUGAAUGUAGGAUGUUAGCUUCAUUGAUAUUUACUUGAAUCCAUCUUUCUCUCAAACUGCGCAAUAUUUCCUGUGCUACCAGUUGCCAAACAACCCCAAAGUAUAGUAAUGCCAUCCCUGUGUUUAAUAGUUGGCAAUGUGCUCUUUUCUUCAAAUGCUUCACCAUUUUUGUCCAAAUGCAUCUUGUGUUAUUAUGGCUGACCAGUUCAAUGUUCACUUCAUCAGUCCAAAGCAUUUUAUUUGAAAAUAUCUCAGGCUUAUCAAAGUUUUCUUUUGCAUAUGUGCGAUGCUGACUUUUGUGAUGAUUUCAGUAAAAAGAUUUCCUUCUGACAAUUCUCCCAUGCAGAUAGCCAUUGUAUAUGCAACAGUGUUCUAUGGGCAGCUAUUCCAGAAUCAGCUAAACCUUUCAGCAGGUCUUAGCAAACCAGUGAUUGUUGAUAAGUAUAACAUAUGGUAGAUUUUUUUCUCUUCUUUUCUUUGUUUGUAUUUUUAGUUUGUUUGGGUUUGUCUCUUUUUAUUUUUUUUUAUUUUAAGAUUAAAGAUUGUUUUGUUAAUUAUGUAUGCAUAAAAUUUUAAAAAAACCUUUUAAGUAGGUCAUUUCCUGUGAUUGUGGGUUCUACAGGUCUGAACAGUUCAGACAGCUCUAGCAGAGAUUUUUCUUGGUCUCCCAGUUCUCACCUUGACUUCAACAAUUCCAUGUAACUUCUAUGUCUUAACAGUGUUUGUUAGCUGGAAAUCAUUAGCUGGAGGCACUUAGAGAUUUUGCAAUAGUCUUCCUCUUCUUUGUAAUGUGAAUUAUCUUUAUUUUCAGAUGCUCACAUACCUGCUUAGAGAGAGGUUGUUGAAAAUAAAUAGAACAAUUAUAACCUGACAGGUUAGAAAGAUCAGAAUAUUUUUCACCUGUGGAAUUGGAGUCUCCUGGCUAAAUGUAUAAUAAAUCUAACAAGUUAAUCUCCUUUUUUGGGCCUUAUUAACAACUUUAUGGUUUUAGAAAAAGUAGCACCAAAUCAAUUAGAAUGGUGUCCAAACUUCUGCACCUGCCAUAUUAAUGGUUUUCUUAUUUUGAAUUGGCAAACAACUGCACAAAAUACUUAGGUAUGCAUUCAAACAUGCAGAAAUAUGUUGUGGUUAAUUUUGUACAAUGUAGAGUUGUGUCAGCUUCUGUUCCCUUAGUGAUUCAUUGAAACUUAUGUUGACCAGGAGUACCUAAAUAUUUGCAUGCAAUUGCAGAUAUGCAUAUAACUAGCAUUUCCCUGAACACCACAGGAUCCUUAAUGCAACUUUGGAAAUGUACUCAUCAUCUGUAAUUGUACCUCUUUUGUCUCUGGCUUAUUUCCUACUAAACUGUUCCAGGUACUUUGUCAAAUAACUUUGAUUGUGUACUGCAAAUUAUAACAAAAUAAAUUCACUCUGUUGAUCUUUC